UUUGGGAGCAUAAAAUGGCUACAGAAGACAUGGGCUCAGGUAAACUAGGCCAAACACUGAAGCAGAUUUGGAGUCAAAACCUGAUGCUAAACCAGGCAUUCCUGGGUGAUAACCAAUAUGAAAGGGCUGAUGGGGCCACCUGGCUAGCCACAGUAGUCUUCCUAGGUCAAGGACUGACUGGGGCCCUCCAUCAACUCCUGGAGCUCAUGGCAGGGACCCUGCGUUCCAUCUGCCAACGGCUGCAUAUACUCCUUGAUGAGAAGAAUCAAUGUAUCUGGAGACAAGAAAUUAUGAUCUUCAUAGACUGCCUCAUGAAAAUAAAUGAAUAUUUGGAGAGCACUGCUACCCUUCUGAAGAAGGAAGAAAAUGAGAUGGGUAAUUUAUGCAGCAUGCAUGAUGACUGUGCUCCACAGCAGACAAUGUCCGCCAUUCAAGAUAUCAGAGCUACAGACAUUGCUGCAAGAGGGGAACAAAAUGUCAUAGAAACAGCUACUGUUACUCCCACAAAUGGAGAGGAAAACCAUUCCACAAGCCAGGUCCAGUUAAAGAAAAGCAAAACACAUAUGAGUUCAGAACUAGAGGACAAGGAAAACAAUACAUCCUUGAACGGAGAUGAAACAGGGCAGAAGUCACAGAACCAAAUGUUCGCAGAUAACACAGAAAAUGAAAAUGACAGACAAAGAGAACACAUGAUUGCUGAGAACAUAAAUGGCAUCAGAGAAGAGACACAUGACAUAAUCCAGACAACAGAGAGAGACAUUCAGGAGACCUUGGAAAGCCAGAGAGUGAUUACCACAUCCUCAAUAACAAGUGAUAUCUCCAAUAAGCAUGCAAACAUUCUUCUCAAUGACUCAGAGGCUCUACAGCAAGAAGAUAGCAUGUUGGAAAAGGAGUAUCUUGAUGUGCAGGAUGAUGAUAAUAACACUCAAGUGUCUUGCUAUAUUACAGCACAAUCCUAUGUCCUACAGCAUCUAGAAUGCCGGAUAAUCAAUAACAUGAGUUCUUUAAUAGUAAGUGGUGAUGAAGAGUUGGUCAGUAAUGUCAUUACGGUUGAGUGUUCACAUAGGGAAAAGAAAAUUCCAUUUCCAAUAUGCAUUGCUAUUCCAUUCACUGCACGCUACAAGGGAAAUUACAGAGACAUUAUGGUGAAAGUGUCUGAUGUAAACCUUCAAGCAAGCUACCUAACUCCCAACUCACUGGAAGGAAUGAGAGGAAGUUAUAAGGGCACCUGUGCUGAAGUGAAAGUUUACAAGUUAGGUAUCUUUUCUGUGGUGUCUUGUUUAAAGAAAGAGUCAUUCACAAUAACAAAGAAAGGCCUUAUUCUUAAACCAAGCAUGGAUUCUAGAAUAUACUUAAAUUACCCUCCAGGAGUUUUCAGCUCACCCGUUCUUGUGCAAUUAAAGGUCCAGCCAGUAGACCCAACUCUGGUGGCCUAUUUAAACACACAGCAAGACUCUACCUACUUGGUAGCAGCCACAAGCCCUCUGAUUCAUGUUCAGCACCCAUCCACACACCCUUUCCAGAGGCCGGUCACCAUCUUCUUACCAUGUUCUCCACACCCAGAUAAAAGGAGUCCUGGGGCUGAGGUAGAUCAUAAAAAAACAGCUAGUGCCAUAACAAACAGGAUCACACCCUUAUACCUCAACCGGACAAACAAUUCUUCCAUAAGAAAACCUGGAAUCAAUGCUGGCCACACUUUGAAAUUACUAGGAUUCAAGAGCAAAGACAGUGGUUGGUUUGGUCUUGAUGAUGUUGUGGUGAGAACCGUGCAGAGUGGCUUGAUAUCCUUUGAGCUGUGUGAACAUUUAGAGAGGUUUAUUGUGCUUCAGCUCUCCUCCAUUGUGGACAACAGCUAUUUGCUUUCCUUUGUGAAGUCUUUAGAGGAAGCCAUGCUCAGGACCACCUCCUGCCUCGUGCUCUAUCACCAGAAGGAUAAUCCACACAGGGUAGUGAUACUAGUGGUACCUUCCAAGGAGCUAAACCAGGUGCUGAAGACCCUGCGUUUAGAAGGGUUCAGUGGCAUGCCAGAGUCUUCUCGUCAAUUCCAAGUAAAAGAAGGAGAACAACUUCUCUUAAGGUUUACUGGAAACAUAUUUGCCUCAAGUAAUGGGAAAGAUUAUAGAAAGGAUCACAAACUUAUUUUCCAUUUGCAAAGAAAUUCCAGGCUGGAACUCCAAAUCAAAGAGGUAGAUGAAUUUGGAAACUAUAGCUGCCCUCAUUAUAAGGGUGCGAUUGCAGUUUAUAAACUCUCUAAAGAAAAGACAAUUCCCAAUUUGGAUCAAUCUCUUGUACUUAAUGAAAACCACUAUGAGUUGCCAAUUUGCAAAUUACCACUGAGAUUGCCAAAGCAUAAAAAAUUAAUCAUCCGUCCACAGAGCACCAAAAGAAUUCCUGCAGAUCCUCAAGAAGCUUUGUGGGACAACUUGAUCUACUGGCUGGCAGAAGAACUUUCAGAAGAAAAUGCUACCUGUCUGUCUUCAUCUCUUCCUCUUCACCGAAGCUCCAUUCAGCUCAUCAAACUAAAGAACCCUGACAACCUUACAGAGCAAAUUCAUGAACUUCUUUCCUUCUGGAAAAAAUCCCUCCCAAAUUCCACUGAUAAGAUUUGUCUUCUGGCUCGCCAUCUCCGCAAGAUUGGGAGGAGUGAUCUUUCUGAAGAGCUCAAAUUCAAGUGGGAAAAUAAAGUGUUCACAGAACCACAACAGUGGUUUGAUAUGGAAGAGUAAAACCAAGUGCUCUUUCCUUUACUCAGAAAAAGGGUCACGGUGGCUUUUAGGAUGGUUUCUCUUAGCAUUCUUCUAGGAGUUUCUAAGAAUGAUAAUGUUGCUUGAAGUGUAUCAAUAUGACAAAUGUGUUAUUGAGAGAAGUGGACAAGCACCUGUCAGACAAUCAAAAGGAUUCCUGGGUUUAAGCACUCAUCGGGCUUCAAUGAUACAUGUUCUGCAAGCAUAAUUGUCUUGGGUUUAGCCAGACUUAAUAGCAUUUGCUACAUAAUUUUCCCCAUUUACAACUAAAUGCCUGAGGAUGCUUUCUAAGUGUGAUAGGAAGAUAAGGUACACAGCAUCCCCUUCUUUUUUUUUAAUUGUUAUCCACAUAAAAUUUAACUAGUUAUCCAGAACUCCAAGCAACUAAU